AGAGGGCGGCCAGGUGGUCCCGUGAGCAGCUAUCAGCAGCAGCCAAAGUUUGAGCUCGAGGGCUUAGGCGAAAUGGUUGCUUGUGCUUCUGGCGCCAAUUUCACGCCUCAUAUCAUCACUGUUGCAGCUGGUGAGGAUGUUACAAUGAAGAUCAUUUCCUUUUCUCAGCGAGGACCUCAAGCUAUAUGCAUUUUAUCUGCUAAUGGCGUCAUUUCAAAUGUUACGCUCCGUCAACCUGAUUCGUCUGGCGGUACAUUAACUUAUGAGGGGCGUUUCGAAUUACUCUCAUUAUCGGGAUCAUUCAUGCCAACUGAAAAUGGAGGAACAAGGAGCAGAUCAGGUGGAAUGAGUGUCUCUUUGGCAAGCCCGGAUGGUCGGGUUGUUGGGGGAGGGGUUGCUGGUCUUUUAGUUGCUGCAAGUCCUGUGCAGGUCGUGGUUGGUAGCUUUCUGCCAAGUUACCAGAUUGAACAGAAGUCAAAAAAAGCAAGAUAUGAGACAUUCAGCACAGAGAUGGAAGAGACAUACAACAGUAGCGGUUAUGGGCAAAAGACUAAGAAGCCAAGAUACGAGACAUCAUUCACAUCAAUCUCAGUGCCUGCAGGUGCAAUCCCUAUACCCAGCACCGAGAUGGAGGAAGCUACUUAUAGUGUUCAUGGGCAGCAGAGUUCAACUCCAAGACCGAACAUUUCUUCAACUUUCAAGGGAGAUAACUGGUCUGCUGCUCCUCUACACUCCGUACCUGAACAGAGGAGCUCUAAUACUGAUAUUAACAUAUCCUUGCCUGGGGGUUAAAAGAGAUGGAAUUUUGUUUGCUUGCAUUUCUAACUAGCUUCUUGUAACUUUUGUUGUGAAAUUUAGACAUUUUCUUGAUGGAACUUGUGUUAGGAUUCUAGAACUGUAACUUUAUUGACUUUGGAGAGUUUUCUGUUAAUUGUUGUUGCUAUUUGUAUUUGUAACACCUGAUUUUUUUAGAUGGUGCUCGAACUCAAUUAUGAGCUCUUUGGAUGAACUUUAAAUCA